AUGUUUUGCUCCAUCCUCACCCUCUGUGUUGUUGCUUACUUCAUUGUCGACUGGGUGCUGCACAUGUUCAAGGUCGGCCAACAAAGGCACAGACAUGUGUUCAUCACCGGAUGUGACAGUGGAUUUGGGCGGGACCUGGCCGUGUGA